GAGAGAGAGAGAGAGAGAGAGAGAGAGAGAGAAGUCUCUUUUAAUAUGCUUAAUUUGCUAAACAUACAUUUGCUAAUCUGUAUUUGUAAUGUUUUACAUCGCAAUAUACUUUGAAUUCUGGAUUUUACCUUUGUCUCUUACUUUACAAUUUAUUUUAUAAGUAAGAUAAUUGUUUAUUCAGUUAAAUUAUAAAGAUUAUAAUGGAAAUAUAUUAUACAAAGAUACACCGAAUAGACGUUGCCAUAUGCAUUCAUAUAAAUUUUAAUCAAAAUCUUGAUUUUGGAAACACAUUCAUUAACUUGUUAGUCUUACAGUAUCCAGUGCAUGCAUAUACAGUAACUUGAAUUGCUCUACUUACCAUAUAUAGCCAUCGUUGCACUUGUGAUUGGUAAGUUUCAUUUUCUUUCUGCAAACGCCGCAGACCGGUGCACUAUGAAGAAGUCUCUUCUUGAUUAACCAUUUUAUUAACAUUUUUCGAUGAGAUCCUCUUCUACAUCGAUGGAGAAUAUGAUGUAUUUGCUCGGAUAAAUUCAUUUCAAACGUAUCACUUAAUUACCUUUCGUGCCCUUGUUCUGUCUUCUGUAAUUAUUAUUAUUAUUUUUUUAUAACAAAGUUGAAACACGGGAGCGAAACACCCAAUCAGAGGUCUGCAUUUGCCCCGCCCGGUAGCCAUAGACAGAGCAGAGACGCGUCACGCGCAUGUGCAGUAGCCGGAUCUGGCGGGCUUUUUCCCCCUUCAUUUUGAAUUUCAACAGGUGACGUCAGGUUGAAGGUAUGUACUGUAAUAUGAAAAGUCAAUAAAUUGAGCCUGACAGGGGUGGACGAUAUAGCGGUAGAUAAGAUUAAACGGGUAAAAAUGUGUGAACCAGUAACGAUAGAGAUUUUGUACUAUUUUCUCCAUCGCAGUUAACGAGCUCACGUUUGUGCAGGUGGUAUCAAAAACGUAACUUUUUUUUUUUUUUUUUUACCAGUUUUUAAGCAUUGUAGUUUGAAAACAACUGACAUAUAUGUGCGCGCUAUCUCGAUUUUUUUGUAUUUAAGGCCGCAUAUCCACUGCCCCUUGAGCUCCUGAGCAAUUUUGCAGCUUUAUUGGCAUUAAAUACACACUUAACUUUACAUGCGUCAUAAUGCCCGUCUUUGAAAGUAUCUUCAUAAACACAAUAUUUUAGUUCUUAAGUGAACGUGAACAAUUGCUUAGAAAAAAAAAUGCAUGUGUUAACAGUAUAUUGGUUCCGGUCUUAAAGGGGAAGUUACCUAGUAUUGCUCCUCUCUGUCGUUCAUGUAGAUCAAACAGCAGUAAGAGAAAAUCUUUCAUUGCUCUUGACUACAUCACUUUGUUAUCAAGCAUAUAUAUAUCCAUAUAAAAAAAUAAAAUAAAAAAUAACUUGUUAUUGUGAUACAAAUACUCAUAUUGUGAUAUAAUAAUAAAUCACCCACCCCUAAAGCAUAUUGCGUUGAAUCAACCAUACAAUGACAGACACAAGCAAGAACAUUUAGAAAGCCUAUCUUUAUUCUCUAUCAUGAUUGAUUCCAGAGACAGCAUUUUGAUUCUCCACAUUCCAAUGUUCCGAAGGCGGAAGACAAGAAAAACCCGUGCUCUACCGGUUUUAGAUAAAAACGAACGAUAUGGAUCAUCCUGUGAUGAGGAGAAUGAGGUCCCCGAGCAGUCUGUGGAUCGUGAAAGUAACCCAGAUGCCUCAUACCCAGACACUGCACCUGCUGCAAGCUGUGAAAGUGAAAAAGGAGUCCAGGCAUCUGUUGAUGAAUCACCAGUGGAUAACCUUUUGAAACGGAUAGAAGCACUAGAGCAAGAACGUGACUUUCUUAGGCACACUCUUGCAUCCGUCUGUGGCAAAGAAAAGAAAAAGAAGAAGAAGAAGGACACUAGUAGUGAGAGUGAUGAGUUAAACUCUUCGUCCUCUUCAUCAUCUUCCUCCCUCCCUUCAUCUUCAUCGGAAGAUGAAAGAUGCAGCAAAAAAAAAUCCAAAAAGAAGAGAACCCAAAAGAACAGGUCAAGAUCUGCAUUCUCUAGUUCUGCAGUGAGAGGUAAAUUCAAAAGACACUUAUUAAUUUGAAUUUAUUCUUGAUGAAGAUGAUUUCACCUGAUGUUUUCAUAGGCAGAGCGUGUGUAGGAAGGCUGGGGAAGGCUUAUUCGUUCCACCACAGCAAAAAUGCUGGCAGCAACAACACUGUAGCCAGUAUAAAAGUUAUGCCUUCUUUCUUCGUGUAUACAUUUGGGCGGCGUUAUGAAACUCUUUCUUAUGAAACUCAUUUUAGGAGGCGUGGCUGAGCGUUAGCGUUUAUAAAGAAUAUAAAGAAUCUCUUUGGGUUUUAGACUUUGAGCUUUGUAACUCAGCAGGUCUUAUACAUGCAGAAACAGUUACAUAACACACUGAAGAAAAAUGAAAAUCAUUUGACCCCUUUAAGUUAGAAUACCCUCACCAUAAAUAUAGAAGUUAUCCAAAGGUAAAAGAGGAAAAAACACACUCUAAAGAUAUCUUUCCAUGAAUUUAUUAGUACCAUGUCUUACACAGAUGCAUUUCGGCCUAAGCCAUCAUCAGUGUGUCACAAAUUUAUGAAACGAUAUCUUGAGAGUGUGGUUUUUCCUCUUUUACCUUUGGAUAACUUUUUUAGUACUCGCACCCAUUAAACGACUUGGGAGUUGAGCGUGCCUUCUCCACUAUAAUUCAAGGCUAAAUAAAAUAUUAAUUGUACAGUCAGCUUAAUUGAUUAACAUUAAGUGGUUCUCAAUCCCUGCCAUCGUGCUCUGCACAUAAUGGAUGUUUCUUAUUUAACACAUCUUAUUCAGAUCAUCAGCAGGUUAGAAGAGAGCCACUUGCAUGAAUUGUGCUGCGUAAUCCCUAGUGUUCACUUUUCCCUACUCUCCGAGCAUGGGAAAUCCAUUAAAAUUUAUUUCAUUUCAGAAAACUUUCCUUCAUGGUAUUCAGUGUCUUCACACAUACAAAAAUUACUAGAGAAGUGUGAAGUGUAACAUACAAUACCUUCAUACAAAAAAAAAAAGUAAAUUCACGUCUCGCGUACUUUAAUGCAUUUUAAAUGGAACAAUGGUAAAAUUUUCUUCACAAGGCAAAAAGGUUAAAAGGUUCUUUUUUGGUUAAAAAGAACAAACAACUGAAGUGAUAAGAGAUUCAUAUAAAAUGUGUGGGGUGGGGGGUUUGCGCCAUCCCAAAUCAUGCAUAUGCUUGCUUCAAAUUAUAAUGAUUUGUGAAAAUAACCACUUUAAUAACGAGUGUUUAUGUAGGAUGUGUAGGUUGUUUAUAGGAGACACAGAACCAUUUUAUGACAUACUAUUUAAAUGUGUUUUUAAGGAGGAAUCACAUCUA